GCUGCGCAGAAGCGCGCUCGGGCGCUCACGGAACUUCAGCAUGGCGGUGUUUGCAGAUUUGGAUAUAAGAGCGGGUUCCGACCUGAAGGCUCUGCGCGGACUCGUGGAGACUGCCGCUCAUCUUGGAUAUUCAGUUGUUGCCAUCAAUCAUGUUGUUGACUUUAAGGAAAAAAAACAGGAAAUUGAGAAACCCAUAGCUAUUUCUGACCUCUUCCCAACUUUCCCAAUUGUACAGGGAAAAUCAAGACCAAUUAAAAUUUUAACGAGAUUGACAAUUAUAGUUACUGAUCCUUCUCACUGCAAUGUUUUGAGGGCUACUUCUUCAAGAGUCCGGCUGUAUGAUAUUGUUGCAGUUUUUCCAAAGACAGAAAAAUUAUUUCAUGUUGCUUGCACGCAUUUAGAUGUGGAUUUAGUCUGCAUAACUGUAACAGAGAAACUACCAUUUUACUUCAAAAGACCUCCUAUUAAUGUGGCAAUUGACCGAGGCCUGGGCUUUGAACUUGUCUAUAGUCCUGCCAUCAAAGACUCCACAAUGAGAAGGUACACAAUUUCCAAUGCCCUCAAUUUGAUGCAGAUCUGCAAAGGAAAGAAUAUAAUUAUAUCCAGUGCUGCAGAAAGGCCUUUGGAAAUAAGAGGGCCAUAUGAUGUGGCAAACUUAGGGUUGCUGUUUGGGCUAUCUGAAAGUGAUGCUAAGGCUGCAGUGUCCACCAAUUGCCGAGCAGCACUUCUCCACGGAGAAACUAGAAAAACUGCUUUUGGAAUUAUUUCUACAGUGAAGAAACCUCGGCCAUCAGAAGAGGGUGAUGAUUCUCUUCCAGCUUGCAAAAAAGCUAAGUGUGAAAGCUGAAAAGAAUGGACCAGUCUCUGACAGCACUACUUUUUUCCAUUUUGUAGAUUAUCAUCCACAAUAAAAAUAAAACUUUUG